UAUAAUCGUAGAGUGCAACAAAAUUCUGACACUGUGAUGGCGUUCGAUAAACCUAGAAAGUAGAAGAAGAAGAGUAGCCCUGACGACCUUCUCUUGGUUCCAUCGGGAGGUCCAAGGACACUAUGUCCAUUUCCAACGUCACGAUCCUCACGCCCUCUGUGUUGACACUGAUAGGGAUCCCAGGCCUGGAGUCUGUGCAGAGCUGGAUCGGGAUUCCAUUCUGUGCCAUGUACCUCACUGCUGUGCUGGGAAAUUCCUGGCUUCUGAGCAUCAUCAGGUCAGAACGCAGCCUCCGUGAGCCCAUGUACCUGUUCCUAGCCAUGCUGGGAGCCACGGAUAUCGCACUUAGUACCAGCGUUGUGCCCAAGAUGCUUGGAAUCUUCUGGUUUCAUGUCUCAGAGAUUUAUUUUGAUGCCUGCUUGCUUCAGAUGUGGCUCAUCCACACAUUUCAGUGUAUCGAGUCAGGCAUCCUGCUGGCCAUGGCCCUGGACCGCUAUGUGGCCAUCUGUUCCCCCCUGAGACAUGCUGCCAUCUUUACCCAGCAGCUAGUCACUCAGAUUGGGGCUGCGGUAACACUCAGGGCUGCCAUUCUUGUAGCCCCAUGCCUCGUCCUGAUAAAGUGUCGAUUGCACCUUUAUCACACAACUGUCAUCUCCCACUCCUACUGUGAGCACAUGGCCAUUGUGAAGCUGGCUGCAGGAAACAUCCGAGUCAACAAAAUCUACGGUUUGUUUGUGGCCUUCACUGUUGCAGUGUUUGACCUCACCAUCAUCACUCUGUCCUAUGUCCAAAUAUUCAUGGCAGUGUUUCGUCUGCCCCAGAAGGAGGCCAGGCUGAAAGCGGUCCACACUUGUGUCCCUCACAUCUGCGUCUUCCUGCAGCUCUACCUCCUUGCUUUCUUCUCCUUCUUCACACACAGGUUUGGUGGGCAAAUCCCCCCUUACAUCCACAUCCUCUUCUCCAGCAUCUACUUGGUGGUCCCUCCGUGCCUCAAUCCGCUUGUCUAUGGGGCAAAGACCAAGCAGAUCCGCAUCCAAGUGACAAAAAUGUUCCGUUCGUGAAAGUAACCAGGAGUACUACUG